AUGGCUUCUUCCACUCUAUCCUCCGUCACCCUUUCUCAGCUAUGUUCUAGCAAGAAUGGAGUGUUCUCUCCUUCACAAGCACUGCUUGUGAAGCCCUCAAGGACCCAUGUCGUAGGCAAGAACAAGAGGAUGAGGGUGGCGUCCAUGGCCACCAGUAUUCCGGCCGAUCGAGUGCCGGAUAUGAGUAAGAGGGAGCUCAUGAAUCUGCUCCUUUUGGGUACUCUUUCGCUUCCCACUGCUGCCAUGUUGGUCCCUUAUGCCACGUUCUUUGUCCCACCUGGGUCGGGAGGUGCUGGUGGUGGUGUUAUUGCCAAGGAUGCCCUAGGAAAUGAUAUCCUUGUAGCCGAAUGGCUCAAGACCCAUGGACCUGGGGACCGUACCCUUACACAAGGAUUGAAGGGUGAUCCUACCUACCUUGUUGUGGAGAAAGAUAGAACUCUUGCAACGUACGGAAUCAAUGCUGUUUGUACCCACCUUGGUUGUGUUGUGCCAUGGAAUACUGCCGAAAAGAAGUUCAUCUGCCCCUGCCAUGGGUCUCAGUACAACAAUCAAGGGAAAGUUGUUAGGGGACCUGCUCCUUUGUCCUUGGCCCUGGUUCAUGCUGAUAUUGAUGAAGGGAAGGUAGUGUUUGUUCCAUGGGUUGAAACGGAUUUCCGAACUGGUGAAGAUCCAUGGUGGGCUUAG